AUGGUGUCUCCAAAAAGUAUUAGCUUAACAUCUGGUUCAAAAAAUCGUAAAGAAAUUUUAUCAAGAUUGGGUAUAAAUUUCAAAUCAAUUACAAGCGGAUUUGCUGAAGAUUUGGAUAAAUCUAGUUUUGAAAAACCAUCAGAUUAUGUGAUUGCUAAUGCUAAAAAGAAAUGUUUAAAUGUAUACGAUCGUUUAUUGAAAGUAGAUAUAAUAAUAUCAGCUGAUACAGUUGGUUACAUUGAUGGUGAAAUAUUGGAGAAGCCAAGAGAUCGUGAAGAUGCAUUAAGAAUCUUAAAGAAACUCAAUGACAGAACACACAAGAUUUACACUGGUGUAUCCAUUCUUAUUUCAUCACCGUCACCAUCUGCUGGGUUAUCGAUAAAUGACCAAACAAAUUAUCAAAUUCAUGAAUUUUAUGAAGUUACAGAGGUUACAUUUAGGAAUUGUGAUGAUGAAUGUUAUUUGAAUUAUAUUGAUACGGGUGAACCUAUGGACAAAGCAGGUGCAUACGCUUAUCAAUUUUUAGGUGCAUUUUUUGUUGAGAAAAUAAACGGAUGUUAUUAUAAUGUCGUUGGAUUACCAAUAAGAGUUUUUAGUGAAUUAGAAAAUCUUUUAAAGGGCAAUAAAUUAUAA